AUGGAGCUGAUCGGCAUCAUUAUGUUGGCAUUUCUGCUCUCAUUUGCAGCGUCUGAUCGCCAAGGUGAUGCAUUAUAUGAUAUGAAGCUGAAGCUGAACGCUACUAGCACACAGCUUACAGACUGGAAUCAAAAUCAAGUUAACCCUUGCACUUGGAAUUCUGUUAUUUGUGACAGUAACAAUAAUGUUGUGCAAGUAACAUUGGCUUCUAUGGGGUUCACUGGAGUUCUGUCGCCAAGAAUUGGAGACCUCGAGCAUUUGAAUGUUCUGUCCUUGCCUGGUAACAAGAUUACCGGUGGCAUACCCGAGCAGCUUGGCAACCUAUCUAGUUUGACAAGCUUAGAUUUGGAAGAAAAUCUACUGGUUGGAGAAAUCCCAGCUUCUCUUGGCCAUCUUUCGAAGCUCCAACUCUUGAUACUAAGUCAAAACAGACUAAGUGGAACUGUUCCUAAUACACUGGCAACAAUCUCAAGCUUGACAGACAUUCGGUUGGCCUACAAUAAUCUCUCCGGUCCAAUACCUGCUCAACUAUUUCAAGUUGCACGUUACAACUUUUCUGGCAAUAACUUGACUUGUGGAGCAAACUUCGCUCAUCCUUGUGCAUCAAGUUCGCCUUACCAAGGUUCAUCUCGUGGUUCGAAAAUAGGCGUUGUCCUUGGAACAGUUGGUGGAGUGAUAGGGCUGCUCAUUAUAGGGGCUCUGUUUAUUAUCUGUAAUGGAAGGAGAAAAGGUCAUCUGCGUGAAGUUUUUGUGGAUGUAUCAGGUGAGGAUGACCGAAGAAUUGCAUUUGGGCAGUUGAAAAGGUUUGCAUGGCGAGAAUUACAACUCGCUACUGAUAACUUCAGUGAGAAAAAUGUUCUUGGACAAGGGGGCUUUGGAAAAGUAUAUAAAGGAGCACUUCCAGAUGGCACUAAGAUAGCCGUAAAGCGGUUAACUGAUUAUGAAAGUCCUGGUGGGGAGGCUGCCUUCCUGCGUGAAGUUGAGCUGAUUAGUGUUGCAGUUCACCGGAAUCUUUUAAGAUUGAUUGGGUUCUGUACAACACAAACAGAACGUCUACUUGUUUAUCCUUUCAUGCAGAAUCUUAGCGUAGCCUACCGAUUGCGAGAAUUUAAACCUGGGGAACCAAUAUUAGAUUGGAACGCAAGGAAACGAGUGGCUAUAGGCACAGCGCGCGGACUGGAGUACCUGCACGAGCACUGCAAUCCUAAGAUCAUACACCGUGAUGUCAAGGCCGCGAAUGUCUUGCUUGAUGAAGGUUUCGAACCAGUUGUUGGCGACUUCGGCUUGGCAAAGUUGGUGGAUGUACAGAAGACAUCUGUGACCACUCAAGUCCGAGGGACUAUGGGUCACAUUGCACCAGAAUAUUUGUCCACAGGGAAGUCAUCUGAGAGAACAGAUGUUUUCGGCUAUGGUAUAAUGCUUCUUGAAGUGGUCACCGGGCAGCGCGCCAUUGACUUUUCACGUUUGGAGGAAGAAGAUGACGUGUUAUUACUUGAUCAUGUCAAGAAGCUACAAAGAGAAGGGAAUCUAGACGCCAUCGUGGACCGCAACCUGAACAACAGCUUCGACAGGCAGGAGGUGGAGAUGAUGAUGCAGAUCGCGCUGCUGUGCACCCAGGGGUCGCCCGAGGACCGGCCCUCCAUGUCGGAGGUGGUAAGGAUGCUGGAAGGGGAAGGCCUGGCGGAGCGGUGGGAGGAGUGGCAGCAGGUCGAGGUGACGAGGAGGGAGGACUACGAGCGGAUGCAGCAGCGAUUCGACUGGGGCGAGGACUCCAUCUACAACCAGGACGCCAUUGAACUGUCCGCCGGCAGAUAG